GGUUAUCUCUUGGCUCUUGCUCACUUCUCACUGCCAAAAAAACCUCCGCUUGGCUGGCUGUUUCUUAACCCCAUUUGUUUUUUUCUUGAUCACCCAAAUCUCAAUUGUUCAUCGGUAUCGAUCCAUCUACUCAUGGCUACAAGCAGCAUCGUCGCACCUGCUUCAAUCAAUGUUCGAGGGAAUCUGAAGGGACAUAAAAAUUGGUCUGGGAAUUCCUCCUUUUAUGGUAACACAAUUACUCUCACACAUCAAAGGAAGUCUAAUCAACAAAAAAUUCGGCGAAAUUUGGCGAUUUCUGCAGAAUACAAUGAUCGUAGUGGUGGAGGUGGUGGUGACUUUGUUGCUGGUUUCCUUUUGGGGGGUGCAUUAUGCGGGACUCUUGCAUACAUAUUUGCUCCACAGAUAAGAAGAUCUCUGUUGAAUGAAGAUGAAUAUGGAUUCAGGAGGGCAAAACGGCCAAUAUACUAUGAUGAAGGUCUAGAGAAAACAAGGCAGACUCUGAAUGCUAAAAUAAGCCAGCUUAAUUCUGCAAUUGACAACGUGUCCUCACGGCUGAGAGGUGGGAAUAACAUGCCUCAGGUGCCAAUUGAAACUGAUCCUGAAGAAGCCACCAUGUGAGAAAAAAAAUCAUGUAUCUGCUGUUACUUGAAUUUGCAAGGAAGGAUUUGUUGAUAUUUUGGUUUUAGUUUUAAUCAUUUUACCUAAAGAGUUGUGUAUUUGCUUGAUAACACCAAUUACCCUCAACUGUCUGUCUCUGCUUAUAGAUUCUCUUGAAUGAAUGAGAUACUUUUUUUUUUUC